GACAUGUUCAGCUUUGUGGACCUCCGGCUCCUGCUCCUCUUAGCGGCCACCGCCCUCCUGACCAAUGGCCAGGAGUUUGGCCAAGAAUUUGGCCAAGAGGCGGGCCAAGAAGAAGACAUCCCAGCGAUCACCUGCAUACAGAAUGGCAUGAAGUACACCAACCGAGACGUAUGGAAACCCGAACCUUGCAAGAUCUGUAUCUGUGACAAUGGCGACGUUAUUUGUGAAGAAUUGACGUGCUUAAACGUCUCGCACUGUCCAGGCGCCAAAGUGCCCGAAAACGAAUGCUGUCCCAUCUGCCCUGACGGCGAGGAGUCAUCUCCCGACCAAGAAACUGCUGGAGUCGAGGGACCCAAAGGAGACACUGGACCCCGGGGCCCAAGGGGUCCUGUCGGCUCUCCUGGCCGAGAUGGCAUCCCUGGACAGCCCGGACUUCCAGGACCUCCCGGACCCCCUGGCCCUCCCGGACCCCCUGGCCUUGGAGGAAACUUUGCUCCCCAGAUGUCUUAUGGCUAUGAUGAGAAAUCAUCUGGCGUUUCCGUACCUGGCCCCAUGGGUCCCUCUGGUCCUCGUGGUCUCCCUGGCCCCCCUGGUGCACCUGGUCCCCAAGGUUUUCAAGGUCCCCCUGGUGAGCCUGGCGAGCCUGGAGCCUCCGGUCCCAUGGGUCCCCGAGGUCCCCCUGGCGCACCUGGCAAGAACGGAGAUGAUGGUGAAGCUGGCAAACCUGGUCGUCCUGGUGAGCGUGGACCUCCUGGGCCUCAGGGUGCUCGGGGACUUCCCGGAACAGCUGGCCUCCCUGGAAUGAAGGGUCACAGAGGUUUCAGUGGUUUGGAUGGUGCCAAGGGAGAUGCUGGUCCUGCUGGCCCCAAGGGUGAACCUGGUAGCCCUGGUGAAAAUGGAGCUCCUGGUCAGAUGGGUCCUCGUGGUCUGCCUGGUGAGAGAGGACGCCCUGGAGCCCCUGGCCCUGCUGGUGCUCGUGGUAAUGAUGGUGCUACUGGUGCUGCUGGACCCCCUGGUCCCACUGGUCCUGCUGGUCCUCCUGGUUUCCCUGGUGCUGUUGGUGCUAAGGGUGAAGCCGGUCCCCAAGGAGCCCGAGGCUCUGAAGGUCCUCAGGGUGUGCGUGGUGAGCCCGGCCCCCCUGGCCCUGCUGGUGCUGCUGGUCCUGCUGGAAACCCUGGUGCUGAUGGACAGCCUGGUGCUAAAGGUGCCAAUGGCGCUCCUGGAAUUGCUGGUGCUCCUGGCUUCCCUGGUGCCCGAGGUCCUUCUGGACCCCAGGGUCCCAGUGGCGCUCCUGGUCCCAAGGGUAACAGUGGCGAACCUGGUGCUCCUGGAAACAAAGGUGACACCGGUGCCAAGGGAGAGCCCGGCCCCGCUGGUGUUCAAGGACCCCCUGGCCCUGCUGGUGAAGAAGGAAAGAGAGGAGCCCGAGGUGAACCUGGACCCACUGGUCUGCCUGGACCACCUGGCGAGCGUGGUGGACCUGGUAGCCGUGGUUUCCCUGGUGCAGAUGGUAUCGCUGGUCCCAAGGGUCCCGCUGGUGAACGUGGUUCUCCUGGCCCUGCUGGCCCUAAAGGUUCUCCUGGUGAACCUGGUCGUCCCGGUGAAGCUGGCCUGCCUGGUGCCAAGGGUCUGACUGGAAGCCCUGGCAGCCCUGGUCCUGAUGGCAAAACUGGUCCCUCUGGUCCCGCUGGUCAAGAUGGUCGCCCUGGUCCCCCAGGUCCCCCUGGUGCCCGUGGUCAGGCUGGUGUGAUGGGAUUCCCUGGACCUAAAGGUGCUGCUGGAGAGCCUGGCAAAGCUGGAGAGCGUGGUGUUCCUGGACCCCCUGGUGCUCUUGGUGCUCCUGGCAAAGAUGGAGAAGCUGGAGCUCAGGGACCCCCAGGCCCUGCUGGUCCUGCUGGUGAGAGAGGCGAACAAGGUCCCGCUGGUGCCCCCGGAUUCCAGGGUCUUCCUGGUCCCGCAGGUCCUCCUGGUGAAGCUGGCAAACCUGGUGAACAGGGUGUUCCUGGAGACAUUGGUGCCCCUGGACCCUCUGGAGCAAGAGGCGAGAGAGGUUUCCCUGGCGAGCGUGGUGUGCAGGGUCCCCCUGGUCCUGCAGGUCCCCGCGGAUCCAACGGUGCUCCCGGCAAUGAUGGUGCUAAGGGUGAUAAUGGUGCUCCUGGAGCCCCUGGCAGCCAAGGUGCCCCUGGCCUUCAGGGAAUGCCUGGUGAACGUGGUGCAGCUGGUCUUCCUGGACCCAAGGGUGACAGAGGCGAUGUUGGUCCCAAAGGUGCUGAUGGCAAUCCUGGCAAAGAUGGUGCCCGUGGUCUGACUGGCCCCAUUGGUCCUCCUGGCCCUGCUGGUGCUUCUGGUGACAAGGGUGAAACUGGUCCCAGUGGCCCUGCUGGUCCCACUGGAGCUCGUGGUCCCCCCGGAGAACGUGGUGAGACUGGUCCCCCAGGCCCUGCUGGCUUCGCUGGCCCCCCUGGUGCUGAUGGCCAACCUGGUGCUAAAGGCGAACCUGGAGAUGCUGGUGCUAAAGGUGACGCUGGUCCCCCCGGCCCCGCUGGACCCACAGGAGCCCCUGGCCCCAUGGGUAACGUCGGUGCUCCUGGACCCAAAGGUGCCCGUGGCAGCGCUGGUCCCCCUGGUGCUACUGGUUUCCCUGGUGCUGCUGGCCGAGUUGGUCCCCCUGGCCCCUCUGGAAAUGCUGGACCUCCAGGCCCUCCUGGCCCUGCUGGCAAAGAAGGCGGCAAAGGUCCUCGUGGUGAGACUGGCCCCGCUGGACGUCCUGGUGAAGUUGGUCCCCCUGGUCCCCCCGGCCCUGCUGGCGAGAAAGGAUCCCCUGGUGCUGAUGGACCUGCAGGCUCCCCUGGUACUCCCGGACCUCAGGGUAUUGGUGGACAGCGUGGUGUGGUCGGCCUGCCCGGUCAGAGAGGAGAAAGAGGCUUCCCUGGUCUUCCUGGCCCCUCUGGCGAACCUGGCAAACAAGGUCCUUCUGGCUCAAGUGGUGAACGGGGUCCCCCUGGUCCCAUGGGUCCCCCUGGAUUGGCUGGACCCCCUGGUGAAUCUGGACGCGAGGGCUCUCCUGGUGCUGAAGGCUCCCCUGGACGUGACGGAUCUCCUGGCCCCAAGGGUGACCGUGGUGAGACUGGCCCUGCUGGACCUCCUGGUGCUCCUGGUGCUCCCGGUGCCCCUGGCCCUGUUGGCCCUGCUGGCAAGAGUGGUGAUCGUGGUGAGACUGGUCCUGCUGGUCCUGCUGGUCCCAUUGGCCCCGUUGGUGCCCGUGGCCCCUCUGGACCUCAAGGCCCCCGUGGUGACAAGGGUGAGACAGGAGAACAGGGCGACAGAGGCAUGAAGGGUCAUCGUGGCUUCUCUGGUCUCCAGGGCCCCCCUGGUCCUCCCGGCUCUCCUGGUGAACAAGGUCCCUCUGGAGCUUCUGGUCCUGCUGGUCCUCGUGGUCCCCCUGGAUCUGCUGGUUCUCCUGGAAAAGAUGGACUCAAUGGUCUCCCCGGCCCCAUUGGACCCCCUGGUCCUCGUGGUCGCACUGGUGAUGCCGGUCCUGCUGGUCCCCCUGGCCCUCCUGGACCUCCUGGUCCCCCUGGCCCCCCCAGCGGAGGUUACGACUUCAGCUUCUUGCCCCAGCCACCUCAAGAGAAAGCUCAUGAUGGUGGCCGCUACUACCGGGCCGAUGAUGCCAAUGUGGUCCGUGACCGUGACCUCGAGGUGGACACCACCCUCAAGAGCCUGAGCCAGCAGAUUGAGAACAUCCGGAGCCCUGAAGGCAGCCGCAAGAACCCUGCCCGCACCUGCCGUGACCUCAAGAUGUGCCACUCCAACUGGAAGAGCGGAGAAUACUGGAUUGACCCCAACCAAGGCUGCAACCUGGAUGCCAUCAAGGUCUUCUGCAACAUGGAGACGGGCGAGACCUGCAUCCAUCCCACUCAUCCCAGCGUGGCCCAGAAGAACUGGUACAUCAGCAAGAACCCCAAGGAGAAGAGGCACAUCUGGUACGGCGAGAGCAUGACCGACGGAUCCCAGUUCACAUAUGGCAGCGAAGAGUCCGACCCCGCCGACGUGGCCAUUCAGCUGACCUUCCUGCGCCUCAUGUCCACCGAGGCCUCCCAGAACAUCACCUACCACUGCAAGAACAGCAUCGCCUACUUGGACAAGUCGACUGGCAACCUCAAGAAGUCCCUGCUCCUCCAGGGUUCCAACGAGAUCGAGAUCCGGGCCGAAGGCAACAGCCGCUUCACCUACAGCGUCAUCGAAGAUGGUUGCACGAGUCACACUGGAAGCUGGGGCAAGACAGUCAUCGAAUACAAAACCACCAAGACCUCCCGCCUGCCCAUCAUCGAUGUGGCUCCCUUGGACAUUGGCGCCCCAGACCAGGAAUUCGGCAUCGACGUUGGCCCUGCCUGCUUCCUGUAAACUCCCUCCACCCCAAUCUGGCUCCCUCCCACUCAGCCCACUGCCCCUCGAUCCUGGAAACAGACAAACAACCCAAACUGAACCCCCCAAAAAGCCAAAAAAUGGGAGACAAUUUCACAUGGACUUUGGAAAAGAUUUUUUUUCUUUUGCAUUCAUCUCUCAAACUUAGUUUUUAUCUUUGACCAACUGAACAUGACCAAAAACCAAAAGCGCAUCCAACCUUACCAAAAAAAGAAAAAAAGAAUAAAUAAAUAACUUUUUAAAAAAGG